UGCCCACCUCAUGCCACUGCGAGCUCAGAGGCUAUGUCGAUAUGAUGAAUUCACCACCGGCACCGGAUAGUACAAUGCUUCCUUAAUAUUGCCUUGGAUUGGUUUACAUUGCGGUAGUUAUUAAGUGCCGUGUCCCAACUGAGAGAUUCGGUCCAUUAUAUCUCUCGCGCUUGGACAACCCAGAAGGGUCUCUUCCGCUUGAAUGAUCGGUUCAGUGAGAGCUUCGCCAAGACACUGCUCCCGUGCACAGUGCCAGCAUUGCUCCAAGGAGGGGAGUCCAACUGAUGUAUAAGUGAAGACCGGAUCGAGUGCAUAACAGGAUUCCAUACGUUUGUGAUUGAAUGUGAGUCUACUUUGACCCCACAAAACUGAAGAUGAUGUUGCUAUGGAAACUGCUGGUGCUGCAGUCAUUGAUGGGGUGCCUUGCAGUGGGCAGUGGCCAGCAGAGCCCUGUCUUCACCAAACAGCCCGGCAGCAUCGUAUUUCCCUUGGACUCCCUGGAGAAGAGCAGGGAGGUGGUCUUCAGCUGUGAGGCACUAGGCAGCCCCCCUCCAUUUUACAGGUGGAGGUUGAACGGCUCCAUUAUCGACCCGGCGCUAAGCUCCCACUACACCCUGUCCGGAGGAAACCUGCGCAUCAGCCACCUGAACAAAGACCAGGUCGCCGGGACCUACCAGUGCCUCGCAUCCAACUCUUUUGGGACCAUCAUCAGCCGAGAGGCGAGUCUAACCUUCGCAUACCUGGAAAACUUCAAGACCCACAGACGGAGCUCGGUGUUGGUGCGUGAAGGGCAGGGCGUGGUGCUCCUGUGUGGACCUCCCUCCCACUCCGGAGGUCUGACGUUUUCCUGGAUUUUCAACAAGUACCCAUCAGUGGUGAAACAGGAUAGCCGUCGCUUCGUGUCCCAGAAGACGGGUAAUCUUUACAUCGCCAAGGUGGAGCCGUCCGAUGUGGGCAACUACACCUGUGUGGUGACUAACACUGUCACCAAGACCAGGGUGGAGGGACCUCCUACUCCAUUAGUGCUACGUUCUGAUGGUGUGAUGGGUGAAUAUGAACCAAAGAUUGAAGUGCAGUUUCCAGAGCUUGUACCAGUGGCCAAAGGCUCCACGGUGAAGCUGGAGUGUUUUGCCUUGGGAAACCCAGUGCCAUCCAUAACGUGGCGCAGGACCGACGGCGUGCCGUUCUCUCGGAAAGUGGACAUGCGCAAGGCCAGUGGCGUCCUGGAGAUCCCGUACUUCCAGCAGGAGGAUGCUGGGAUCUACGAGUGCACGGCCGACAACGCCAAGGGAAGGAACGCGGUGAAAGGCAAACUGUCCUUCUACGCCCCUCCCCAGCUGAUCGAGCUACCGCAGGAUGUGCAGAAGGCCAUGGAUGAGUCUCUGGUGUGGGAGUGCAAGGCCACCGGCAAGCCCAAGCCCUCCUUCAGAUGGAUGAGAAAUGGAGAGAAUCUGGAGUCUGACGAGGGAAGAGUGCAGGUCAUCAAUGGGGCGCUAACCAUCAGCCGGCUGAUGCUGGACGACAUGGGCAUGUACCAGUGCGUGGCCGAAAACAAGCACGGGGAGGUGUACAGCAACGCUGAGCUCAAAGUUGUCGCUGUGGCGCCGGAUUUCUCACAGAACCUGCUGAAGACACACAUGAUGGUGCGUGAGGGCGGUGAUGUGCUAAUCGAAUGUCGACCCAAGAUGUCCCCCUGGGGCGUCAUCUCCUGGAGGAAGGGAGCCGAGGCCUUGCGCGAGUCCAGCAGGAUCUCCAUCUUGGACAAUGGAAGCCUAAGACUAUCGAACGCCACCAAGUCAGAUGCAGGUGUCUACACCUGCUUUGCCAGAAACAAGUUUGGAGAGGCAAGCAGCACUGGAAAUCUCCUGGUUAAAGAGCCCACGGUGAUCACCACCCAGCCGGCGACGCUGGACGUGACGGUGGGCGAGAGCAUCGUCCUGUCCUGUCAGGUGACCCAUGACCCCUCCCUGGAGCCCCGCUUCACCUGGUUCUUCAACGAGCAGCUCAUCAAAUUCGGCAGCCACGGUGACUACUUUGAGAAAGUCGGCGGACACUCCGCCGGGGACAUCAUGAUCCGGAACAUUCAGCUGAGGCAUGCUGGGAAAUAUACCUGCGCCGUGCAGACCAAGGUGGACAGCAUCUCCAUCGCCACAGACCUGAUCGUUCGAGGUCCUCCGGGCCCGCCCACGAGCGUCCAUGUGGAAGAAAUCAGCGAUAACACAGCUUCCCUCUCCUGGAGGCCCGGGCCGGAUAAUCACAGUCCAAUUACGGCGUACACCAUCCAGGCAAGGACGCCCUUCUCGCUGGGAUGGCAGGCCGUCACCACAGUUCCGGAGGUGGUGGGGGGGCGACGUCUGACGGCCACCGUGACUGACCUGAGCCCGUGGGUGGAGUACGAGUUCCGAGUCCUGGCCAGCAACUCCAUCGGAACCGGAGAGCCCAGCAAGCCCUCCAAGCAAGCACGGACCAAAGAAACCUUGCCAAAGGUCACGCCGGCAAACGUGAGUGGAGGAGGCGGCAGCCGCUCAGAGCUAGUCAUCACCUGGGAGCCUGUUCCCGAGGAGCUGCAGAACGGCGAAGGCUUUGGCUACGUGGUGGCCUUCAGGCCGCUCAACGCCACCAGCUGGAUGCAGGCCGCUGUGCCCUUGGCCGACGCCUCCCGAUACAUCUUCAAGAACGACAGCGUUCUGCCCUUCGCCCCCUUCCAAGUCAAAGUGGGCGUCUACAACAACAAAGGCGAAGGCCCCUUUGGACCCAUAGUGACCGUCUACUCCGCUGAAGAGGAGCCAGUGCGAACGCCCAACAGAGUCCGUGCCAAGAGCCUGUCGGCGUCAGAAGUGGAGGUGACCUGGAGAGGCUUGCCCUGGUACACAAGCAAGAGGCCGGACCUGAGCAAGAGGAUCCUCGGCUAUGAGCUGAGAUACUGGGAGAAGACGGAAAAAGAGGAGACUGCGAGCGUGCUGAGGACGGUGGGCAAUCAGACGACGGCCAUCAUCCAGGGCCUGAAAGGGAGCAGCACCUACUGCGUGGCGGUGCGAGCGUACAACACGGCGGGCACAGGACCCUCGAGCGGCGUCGCCAACGUCACCACCAAGAAGCCACCUCCCAGCCAGCCUCCACUUAAAGUCAUGUGGAACACGUCAAACUCCAAGAUCAUCCUGAACUGGGAGCAAGUCAAAGCCCUGGAGAACGAAUCCGAGGUCAUGGGCUACAAAGUGCUCUACAAACGGAACCGGCACAGUCGGCCCAGCGUGAUGGAGACCAACACCACCUCGGUGGAGCUCUCGCUGCCCAUCGACGAGGAGUACAUCAUCCAGAUCAAGCCCUUCGGAGAGGGCGGCGAGGGCAGCAGCAGCAGACAAAUCACCAUCCCCAGAAUAUCAGGUUCCACUGCUAUGGGCUCAGCUUCCACAGUGUCCACACUGUCGGCGCUCAGCACAAUAGCACUGUCCUUCACAGCGCGGACGUCCUUAUGACGAACCGGACCUUGGAGAGAGACAUCCUGAAGCUGCCCACGCAGAGUACUGGCGUUGGACGGCCGCAAUGCAAACGACCAUCUUAAACUAGAUCCAUUCAUUUAGAGAGCUAGAGAGCAUGACAGGUCUGGGGAGAGAGAAAUGGGAUGGAGAUGACGAGCAGAGGUCAGAGGUUAGGGGGGUCCUAGUCUCGUAUAAUAGAAUGGGCGGGAAAACAAGGCUUGAGUCUGUUGUUACCAAAGCAGCUUUUAAAAAGAGAAAAAAAGAAUAAAAAAAAAACAUCUUAUAUGCGUAUUUUGUAUGACAUAACUAGCUUUUUAUAACAUUUCUUUUGAAUCAACUUGAAACGGAUAUGAACGCAGUUUCUGGACAGGUUUUUGGAUGUGUAGGAGCACUAGAUGCAUGUCAUUUACAUUCGUUGACUGCGUAAAACAAAUGGGAUUGCUUUGAAAACCCCCUCUUCUUUGAACCCUUUUGAUGUGUGAUGUAAGUCAGUUUUUUCUGUUUUGUUUGUUCUUCUCACUCUCCAGGUCAUGCAAUCAGAUUUAGACCACAUGACCAGUCCUUAAUGUUUACUCUCCCGUUCAAGUCAGCAUUGCACUACAGUUAUUCCUGUGACCGCAGAGAUCAAAGAACAGAGAAAAAAAAUCAUGAUAGUAGAAAGAAGAAUGAAAAGAUGAGUGAGAAUGUGCUUCUUAGCCACGAGGGUGAACGUCCUAACUCACGUCCUUCCUCUCUCUUCUCUGUAAACGUGUUUCCUUGCGGACUCACCCUGGCUACUCUAUUGUACUGUACUGAAGACUAGAUUAUAUGGCUGUCACGUCAUCCAUGCAUUCGUGUAUGUAUAGAGCUCUUCUUUGCCUUGUGUGUGCCUCAUCAUUUGUUUUUUAAAAUCCUCAGGUCCUGAAGAAAAAGCCUUAACUUAUACCACAUAUUUAUUUUCAAGAGUAUACUGUAUAUCAUUAUUAGCGCAGCUGGACUUUUUGCAGUAGUUAUGGGUGAUUGGUUUGAGUAUAGUUUAAAUGGUCAUACCAUAAUGCAUCGCUUUGCAGUAUGUUAGUACUUUAAGGUCCAUCUCAUGAUAUUGCCAUUCAUCGUGGUUCAAGGGCAAUACAAAAUGUAAGGGCCUGAUCCAUUGUAGUGGGUCGUCCACCUGCGUUUGAAAAUAUUCUGCUGCUAAUUUUUGUUUUGUUUUGUUUUUCCUCCGUCUCCGACAUCUGCUGAUGCCUCUUGAGCCCGAUACAGUACGUAGCGUGUAAGUUUAGUUUGAGCGCCAGUAGUGUGUGUCGUACUUUAAAGGCUAGAUUACUGAGUGUCUCAGAAUCGCGCCAUGAAAAAAAAAAGUGUAAUAUACUUUUUUGUAUAUUUCAGAUCAUUUAUAUAUUAAAAGAAGUAAACAAACAACGUUUCUAAAGAGCUGAUCUUGGUUUUUACCUGACUACAUAAAACCGUUUCAUUACAGCGCUUAACUGUCGCUCUGCAUGUGUGUCUUCUCUGGGUUCAUCCAUUUUUGCUUUUAGCAACUGACUGGCUUGUGACCAUGCAAGAGAUGAGAGGUGCGUUUUUGAAGUUUGUGUACAUGUGUCCACAUUGGGCAAAAAAUCAUCACCGUCUUAGUCUCUCCGUCUCUCUCCGUCUCUCUCUCUCUCUCAUACAGAAGCGCUUCUCCAUGCUGAUGUGUAUCACUAGAGAUCUAGACUCUUUUUUGAUGUUGUUCCUUGUUUAUACUGGGUCGAUGAAUAAAGUUUAUUAACUUAU